CGAGGCGCGGGACGGUGGCCCGGGACUUGGGCGGGCGGCGGCGACAUGGAGGACGGCGUGCUCAAGGAGGGCUUCCUGGUGAAGAGGGGCCACAUUGUCCCCAACUGGAAGGCACGGUGGUUCGUCCUUCGGCAGAACACACUGCUCUACUACAAGCUGGAGGGAGGCCGGCGGGUGACCCCACCUAAAGGCCGGAUCCUCCUCGAUGGCUGCACCAUUACCUGCCCCUGCCUGGAGUACGAAAAUCGACCGCUCCUCAUCAAAUUGAAGACCCGAAAUUCCACCGAGUACUUCCUGGAAGCCUGUUCUCGAGAGGAGAGGGAUGCCUGGGCCUUUGAGAUAACAGGGGCUAUCCAUGCAGGGCAGCCUGGGAAGGUCCAGCAACUUCACAUACUGAAAAACUCCUUCAAGCUGCCCCCCCACAUCAGCCUGCACCGCAUUGUGGAUAAGAUGCACGACAGCAGCAGCGGAAUCCGGCCGUGCCCCAACAUGGAGCAGGGAAGCACCUACAAAAAAACCUUCCUGGGCUCCUCCCUGGUGGAUUGGCUCAUCUCCAGCAGCUUCGCUGCCAGCCGUCUGGAGGCCGUGACCCUGGCCUCUGUGCUGAUGGAGGAGAACUACCUCAGGCCCGUAGGGGCGCGGAGCAUGGGAGCUGUUCGUUCUGGGGAUCUGGCCGAGCAGUUCCUGGAUGACUCCACUGCCCUGUACACUUUUGCUGAAAGCUACAAGAAGAAGAUUAGCUCCAGGGAGGAAAUCAGUCUCAGCACCAUGGAGUUAAGCGGCACAGUGGUCAAACAAGGCUAUCUGUCCAAGCAGGGGCACAAGAGGAAAAACUGGAAGGUACGUCGCUUUGUUCUGAGGAAGGACCCAGCUUUCCUGCAUUACUACGACCCUUCCAAACUUGAGCUAUUUUGUGCCCUUGAUGAGUCCAGGGUGUCAGCUUGCCACCGUCUGAGACACUUUGCUGUCAUCUGCUCCUGGGCCAGGCUUUGCCUUCACACUGCCCGCUGCUUGGCUGACUGUCCACCCCGCUCCCAGGGCCUCCUACUGCUUGGCUGUCUACCCUGCUCCCAGGGCUUGCUUCCCAAGGCCACUUCAGCUUCCUCCCUGAGGAAGAGAACAGACCAGUGGGAGGGUUUUCUCUUCGUGGGUCACUCGUGUCGGCUCUGGAGGACAAUGGUGUCCCCACUGGGGUUAAAGGGAAUGUCCAAGGAAAUCUCUUCAAAGUGAUUACAAAGGAUGACACACACUAUUAUAUUCAGGCCAGCAGCAAGGCUGAACGAGCUGAGUGGAUUGAAGCUAUCAAAAAGCUAACAUGACAAGGACCUGAGGGAGAACCAAGGUUCCUCUCUACCUCAUGACAAAGAUAAAACUUCCUGGAGAACGGGAGUGCAUUGUGACUGACAUGGGCUGGGAGUGUGCCUUGGUAGUAGACUGCCUGGCAGUCCAGAGGUGACAGGAUCAAUUCCCAACACUGUUAAAAAAAACAAACAAAAAAAGACUUCAACGUACACUUUGCACUGCUUUGGAAUGAGACCAUUGGGCUAGUUCCUUGGACAAGUGUGGUGCUAUUUCCUUCCCUCUCAUCCCGUUGCCAGCUGAAAAGUUGGAACAGCCAUUCAGUAUCUGCAUCUUGAUGUUUGCUCUUCCGGACAGAGGUCUUUGGGGAAGGACUACAGUAGUAUCCUUUUCUUUUCACAUUAACACUGGGCAUGCCAUCAUAUUCAAUAUUAGUCUCAAGGCAGCUGUCAAGUGAUGUCAACCUCUAGAAUUAAUAAAAAAAUUUACAUUUGUUUCUGUUAAAACUCCUGACCAGUUAUGUCUUCAAAGGUUUCCUGCCCACAAGGCCAUACAUAUUAUGUAAAUUGAUUAUGGAAUAAUUUCAAGUGAUCUGUCAAUACACUUUAUCUUAAAGUGGGGAUCUUGACAAGUUUGGUUGAAAUGUUCUACUUUGUAGAAAAAUCUGGACUCAGCAAUUUAUCACACAUUAAAAUAGGUACAACCACAGCUUUCUUACACAAAAAUGGCAUUAGGAAAGAGAUGCAGAACAAGAGUUCUCUAAAAGGGCAAUGAUACAAAUGGGAAAGGUUAAAUCAAAGCAUGAACUUUUGUUUUUAACUGAAAUAGGCACCAAGGACCUUCCCCACUUGGGAGGUUAAUCCAAAGUAGUGACGUCUCCAUCAUACAGGAAUUUUUAUAAACAUUUUUUAUUACUUUCAAGUUUAUACAGUUAUCUGGCACAUGCUAUUCCUAGCAUUCUUGCCAAGUACCAGGGCCUCGACUUUAAUGAAUAGAUAAAAUACAUAACUUUU